AAAUGAACGAGCAGUGCAGAACUGAGGAUCUGAGGUACAACAUCAGAAAGUUAUAGGGCCCUAUCCUUUCAAUAUGAAUUAUUAUUUUCUGUUAAGAAGACCGUACAGAGGAGCUAGUGUUUGCAUUGCCUGUGCAUUAUUCUCAAUAGAAAGUAUGGUCACUCUUCCAGCUGUUCAUUGACAGAGAAAGGGUACACAAGGGCUUUUUACAAGACUCAAAUUGAACAACCAAACUAGUAACAUGGAUUUCAAUGGAACAAGUCAUAUGGGUCUAAAUACAAGCGAGGAUGAAAGCGGUUUUGAUGAAAAUGCGAACAUACAUUUUGCUAUUGCAGCCUCGUCUGCCGUAGCGCUUUGUUUAUUUGGAAUGGUGGGAAAUAUAAUAGUGUUCUGGUACCUCUGCUUUAGGAUUCCAAAGAACAAAUAUACUGUUUAUAUUAUAAACCUUGUAGCGGCUGACUUCCUCUUUCUAACGUUCACUGUUUUUAUAAUGGGGAUCCAACUUAAUUCAUUACUUAGUGUAAAUGAUGAUUUUACAGGAAAAGAACAAUUGUAUAUAUUUGCUGAGAUAUUUUAUGAUUUUGCACAAUACUCUGGAAUGUUCUUCCUCACAGCUAUUAGUGUAGAAAGGUGUCUGUCUGUCUUAUUUCCCAUUUGGUACCAAUGUAAUCGACGAAAGAACCAGUCUUCCAUUGUGUGUAUCUGUCUUUGGAUUCUUGGCUGCUCUGAGAGUCUAAUUGAAAAUGUUGCUUGUUCACCGAAGGAUUUUAAGGCCCAGACAAAUACAUGUACAGGAAUUGAAAUAAUGACAUUUGUGAUAAGUAUUGCUAUUUGUCUGCCAUUAAUGGUGACUUCAAGUCUUAUUCUGGUCUUCAGGAUACAAAGAACAUUACGACAACAGUACCCACCAAGGUUGUAUGUCAUUAUUAUUGCUGCAGUUUUUUUAUUCAUCUUAUCAGUUACUCCAUUCAGCUUUAUGUGGUUUCUUUUUUACUUUAAUCUUUUGCCUUUAGAUGUUCAUAUAGUGAGUUUAUUUUAUGCCAGCGUGUUCUGCACAGUGCUUAAUAGCACACUGAAUCCCUACAUUUAUUUCAUUGUUGGGAGACACAGGAAGUCAACACCUAAAGUCUCCAUACAUGAGAUUCUUCAGAGAGCCUUCCAUGAAGAAGAGGUAGAGAGAAAAAAAAUAACCAGCAAAGAAGUGGAUACUGAAUCAAGUCAAUAGUGCCUCAAGUUGCAUUACUUUCUGUAAAGGUGCUAGAUUCCAUUUCUGUUGUGUUAAAAAAAAUGAUGAAUUCAUACGGUACAAUGUCCAGAGAAACUUUAUUUUAGUUUUGUUUAAUAUUAAAUCAAACAUGGCUUCCCUUUUGAUGUGUCUGUUGCACUGCCAGCCAGGAUAUCAUGUGAUCACAGAUUGGUGUCAACAAAUCCCACAAUGCUACAGUGUGCUGUAUGGAUGAACAUAUUUGUAUGAAAAAUAAAUAAGAUCUUGCUGUCAAGUUGACUGUAGAUCAAAAGGUAAAUUGUAUUAGUCAAUACUGGAAACAUAUUAAAGUGAUAAUAAUAUUAAUAAUAAAUAUACAAUCUGAGACAUAAAGCUGACUUCAAAACAUCAAUACAAAAUUGUAUAAUUUUUUUUAUCUAUAUAAAGUAAAUAUUAGUGCAAUAUACAAAAAUCGAUAAAGAUUUUAAUUCUAUUUAAAGGGACAGUAAAGUCAAAAUGAAUCUUUCAUGAUUCAGAUACAGCAAACCACUAAUAUGUCUUAUUCUAUUGGUAUUUUUGGUCGAAGAGUACACCGAGGUAGGCUCAGGAGAAGCAAUGCACUACUGGGAGCUAGCUGGUGACUAGUGACUGCACUUAUACACCUCUUGUCAGUGGCUCACACAAUGUCCUCAGCUAGCUCCCAGUAAUGCAUUCCUGCGCUGGAGCUGACUUUUCAACAAAGGAUACCAAAAUAACUAAGACAAUUUAUUAAUAGAAGUAAAUUGGAAAGUUGUUUAAAAUUGCCUGAACAAUGCAAGUUUCAUGUACUUUGGUAAAGGAACAGUAAACACCUGGUAAUAACAAGGCAUUUCUGUUAUGUUGCUAUAGAAUAAGAUAUCAGUCAUGGCAUAACAUUGUUAAAACAAAUUAAGAUAAUUUUUACUGCAAUAAUUUAUCAAUAACCAAACUACACCUACCAUUUGCCUUAUUUAGAGGAGCCAAUCUGGGAUUUGGUUCCAAUGUUGACUAUAAUAUUAGUAUAUAGUGCAUUGCUGUUAUGAAUUAAAGACAAUUAGGGGCAGAUAUAUAGCACAUGUAGUCCUGAGAAAUCAGCAAGUUGUAUUUUAACUUCUAAGUAUUAGAACAUGUUAAAUGUUUAAACUACAUGAAAAGGGAGUAAAAUAAAUAAUAUAUAUUUUUUAAUUGCGUCUAUUUUGCAAUUUAUAAAUACAUGUGUGUGCAUAUAUAUAUAUAUAUAUAUAUAUAUAUAUAUAUACACACACACACACACACACACCAAACACACACAAACACACGCGCACCAUAGCAACACAGUAAAACAUAUUGUGAUGCAGAAGUGUACCCUAAAUAACUUAUUAUGCUGUAGUAACAACGACUGAAGAAAAGAGUUUUAUUAUCCUUACUAAAUAAAUAAACAUAUUGCAUUAUGGUGGGAAUCACUUCGUAAGGGACAAAUAAAUAGAUUAUUUGUAUUACUUAUUCUGAAAUGGAUUGGGACCAUUGUUUGUAAAUUGCUGUAAAUUACAUAUGUUUGUUGUUAUUAUUUUUAUACCGCACAUGUGCUGUGUAAUGUAUUUUACAUUUAUCAUAUAAAUGUAUCAGCUUGUACAUAAAAAUGACACCGUUUAUGUAUAAAGUGCAUUUUUACAA